CGCCAUUCUAGGUUUCGGUGAGUGCGCCGUCCACAGCCGCAUUAGUCCCAAGUUGGCCGUGGAACGGCGAGCUCGAUUUUCGAUUGUUUGAUACGAGAGACCGCGUCGCCUCCUGCGACCCACAGGAGACAAACGAGGAACGAGGUCGGGCACUUGCGCGUUUUCCACUUACACACCUGUUGAGUGCGGGAAGUGAAUUUUCCUUGGGAGUAGUGCGUCCAUAUAGUUCGGGGGAGUUUACGAAGGGUCCCUAUUGGUCGGGAAUGGGAUUCCGAUGUGACGGUGGUCAUAGACCGGCUGACUGAUGGGAUUUUCGUGGUUUUAGUGGCGAAGGACUCGACACGGUGGUUUUCAUGGUUCUGGAUUCUAGUAUGUUUCUUACCAGCGACCUGGACACGUUCCUGUGCAAGCAGGAGUGGGAACGGCGACUGGAAGAAGAGCUCGAAAAACCCCACCGAGGAGAUCCUGUCUCCCAGAUCGAUGACUUCUUCGAAUCGUCCCACAACACCAACAUCAUCCGACACCAACCGUCCACCAUGAGCUAUACCGGCAAAAAUGACGUGUACGUGUCGAUGCGAUCGUUGGUCGGCGGCCCCGAAGACGACGCCUUCCUGCGACCGACCGCCCUCUGGGAGGACAUCGCCAGCAGCAUCCAGAACAUCGAUCCGGAGAACGCGGAUAUGCUGGGCGUGGCCGCCCCCGCCCCCGCCGCCCACCACGUCAAGCUGGAGGCGGGGGAGGAGCUGGCGGGGGGCGGGGUCGUGGCAGUGGGCGGGGUGACGGGCGCGCCCCUACUGUCGCCGUUGGAAAUCAAGACGGAGAAGAUCCUGCAGCAACCAGCCCCCACGUUACACCUCCUCGGCACCCCCACCAGCCCCUACCACCCCUCCCAGCCGACCAGCCCCCACUACCACCAACCCCCGCCACCGCACCACCACCCGCACGCCACCAACAACAACAACUACAAGUACAGCAACGCGGCCCCGCCCCCUCCUCCCGGCAACGCCCUCUACCCGAUGCCGUCCCGCCUCAUGUACGUGACGCCUCUGACGCCGCCCAGCUCGGAGCCCGGCUCGCCCGGGGGGGCGGGGCCUAGACGGACUCCGCCCCCGCCGUAUCCCGCGCCUGGAUGCCAGGCGGUCACGCCCUCGCAGCACGCGUCGGCCAAUGGGCGGUUGGGAGGCGGGGCGCACGGCGUCAGGUACAACAGGCGGAAUAAUCCGGAGCUGGAGAAGAGGCGGAUACAUCAUUGUGAUUUUAUAGGUUGUACAAAAGUCUACACAAAAAGCUCACAUCUCAAAGCGCAUCAAAGGAUACAUACAGGGGAAAAACCGUACAAUUGCCAGUGGCCGGAAUGCGAAUGGCGAUUCGCGCGAUCCGAUGAGCUCACCCGCCAUUACAGGAAGCACACUGGCGCCAAGCCGUUCAAGUGUGGCGUUUGCGAACGAUCCUUCGCCCGGUCGGAUCAUCUGGCGCUGCACAUGAAACGCCAUCUACCGAAAACCUCCAAAUGAGGCGCGCGCCUCAAGACAUUUAUUUAUCACAUCACACCGUACAUACAUAUAUAUACACGUCCAUUCCUCAACUCAUAUGAAAAGUGACAUGUCGAUCUCAAUAAGGUUCGCGAAUUGUGUUUUCGUGGGGUUGUAGUUUAUCGGGGAGUUUUGGUGAUUGUCGUCUAGAUGGAAGGUUUGGUUGAGGCUGGAGUCAUUCGCAAUAAGGUUGAGGGUAUUGAAAAUUACUUGUAGGUAUUUGACAGGAAUCACUGCAAGUUACAAUGUUUCAAUAGUGCAAAUUAUAAAAUAACUAGUACUAGCAAACUUUUAACCCAGAUAUGUCUGAAAAUAUUUGGUUUCAAAUUUCGAUUUUUGUUGAAUAAAUGUUUUGGAAGCUAGAGUUUCCAAAAAGUUGGUGUCCUUUUAGAAGGACGGUAGGCAGAUGAGUGACAUUUCCUUGGAUAAAAGUUUCGAUUUUAUCAAUAUUCUAACUUGAAACAAGUAACUUAGGGAGCAACAUUGCAGUUUGAGAAUUUGGUGUAAACGUUUUUAUAACAAUGUCGUCAUCUGAUUUCCGUCUCCUGCGUUACCAUCAAAUGUUCAUAACGGAAAUCUGCGUUUUCUAAUGGAGAGAGAGAGGCAAAACGUCCACUUACUGCAAGUUAUCAAUUUGUUGUUGUUUGAAAACAUUUUUGGAAGCUAGAGUUUCCAAAAAGUUGGUGUCCUUUUAAAAGGACGGUAGGCAGAUGAGUGACAUUUCCUUGAAUAAAAGUUUCGAUUUUAUCAAUAUUCUAAAUAUAAUACAAGAUGACAUGAAAACCAUUCUGAACAUAAAACCGAAUGAAGAAUAUGAUUCAACUAGUCUCUGACAUAAUAGGGCUUGAAACAAGUAACUGAGGGAGCAACGUUGCAGUUUUAGAAUUCGGUGAAAACGUUUUUAUAAGAAUGUCGGCAUCUGAUUUCCGUCUCCUGCGUUACCAUCAAAUGCUCAUAACGGAAAUCUGCGUUUUCUAAUGGAGAGAGAGAGACAAAACGUCCACUUACUGCAAGUUAUCAAACUGUUGUUGUUUGAAAACAUUUUUAGAAGCUAGAGUUUCCAAAAAGUUGGUGUCCUUUCAAAAGGACGGUAGGCAGAUGAGUGACAUUUCCUUGAAUAAAAGUAAUCAACAACUAGCAGCCUCUCAGUUGAAUUUUGAAAUUUGAAAUUCAUAACUGAAUGGUUGUGAGUUUGAAAUGUUUUAACUCCUUCCUAUACCUAUAUUGACCAACGAAUUCAAUCUUUCAUAUCGCAGAUAAAGAAGGACGGAGCUUCACUAUUUUUUUCAUCUAGUUGACAAUACCAAAAAUGUUACCUCUUGUCCAUCACUAUUGCCUUUUUGUGAACCGGAGGCCUUUUCCAGUGUACUUAGACGAGUUGUCAUAUUUUAUAUUCAUAGAGUAAUGUGCAUUCAACAAUCUGCUCGAAAGUGGAAAAAGUGAUUUUUCAUUGAUAUAGCAAAUAUUGUGGCCUAUGCUGAUCUCUUUGUCAAUACGAUCAGAAGUUCUUCAAAACCAUGAAAAAUUGUUAUCCUUCUGAUAUACCGAGAAGUGCACAAAAUACAGCCAGGAUUGUAACUUUCGAAUUAUUCUAGAUAGGGUUUUGAAAAUUGGUGGGUAGCAAGUAUACCGAAUUGCUCAUUAAUUGAUGAAACAAUUUUUCGUCUAUCACUUUCAGUUUCACCGGAAACGACCCCAACUUUUGAUUUUUAAAUGGGACCCUGUAUUGUAUGCAUAAUCGGUUAGGGAUUGUCAUGACAAAUUCAACGAUACCGGGUUUGAUAGGGUUAUUUCAAACGAUUACAAAGAUAUUUGCGUUCGAAGUUUCCGUAUGCUCAAUGGGUGUGACUGCAAUAUCAAAACUUCUUUCUCUGUCACACUCGUUGAGCAUAUGGAAACUUAGAACGCGAAUAUCAGCGUAAUCGUUCGAAAUAACCCUAUCAAACUCGGUAUCGAUGAAUUCGUUAUGACAAUCCCUAACCGAUUAUGGAAUACAAUACAGGGUGUCCCAAUUAAAAAUCAAAAGUUGGGGUCGUUUCCGGUAAAACUGGAAGUGAUAGAACCAAAAUUGUUUCGUCAAUUGAUGAGCAAUUUGGUAUACUAGCUGUCCACCAAUUUUCAAAACCCUAUCUCGAAUAAUCCGAAAGUUACAGUCCUGGCUGUUUUAUGUGCACUUCUCUGUGUUAGUUUAUUGGAUUUUUUUUCACUUUCGCGUAAUUUGUUGAUUAAAAUUUGUGAUUUUUACAAUUGAUAUAAUUCCAGUGUUGAUAAUUCAGCAGCUUUAAGAUUUAAGAUAAGGCAGCUCCAACUUUUUCCGUGAACUGUGAAUAAAAACUUAUUUGUUGUUUAUGCAAAGUGUACAGUUUUGUUUGUAUUUAAUUUUUUGUAAAAAUAUAUAUUAUACAUUUUGGUUGUGAGAUGCGUAUGUACUAUAUUUGUUAUAUAGUAUUUCCAGAGAAUUUUCGCGAUGUUGUAAUUAUUUUGUACAUUUUCUUUCGUCCAGUUUAUGUAUUAUUACGUAAAUAUGCCAUCCUUUUUUACCCAGAUUUGUGAUUUACUUAUAGAUAAGAUUAUAAUGUAACUGUUGGCGAUUGUUAUAUUAACAAAGGAACAACAGUUUUCAUUUUUCGACUUCAAGCUUCUUGAAAAGUGAAGGAAAAUUGAAUUAUAUUGAUGAGAGUGGGGUGGAAAAUAUUUGAAAGGGGGUAAGUACAGUGUUGAGGAAGUUUUCAUAUAAUUCUUUCCUAAAUUGAAAUUUUUCGACCCAGUUAUAAAACUAUUUUUUCUGCAACCGACACAAAAGUCGUCCAUUUUGAUACCAAAAUUAGCUCUUAAAUUGACGUUUCUAUUACUGACACAAAAAUAGGUAUGUUGCUAGGCAACAUAUUUAGUUCCUAGGAGCUAAAGUUGAAUUUUAGUUCCUAGGAGCUAAAGUUGAACUUUAGCUCCUAGGAACUAAAAAGGAUGUACUGUAAGUCAUCAAGAAUAAACAACAUUGUGACGGUUGGUUAUUUGGGUUGAGACGCAUACCUGAUUUGUUUCCGAUUUCAGCAGAUUUGGCAUUUCAUACUCAUGCUGGAGAUAUAAAAACACCUUAUAGUUUAGUACUGGAAUUAUAAACAUCUCAGCUGAGUAUUUUUGUUUGAUCAGGGAAGCCUUCAAGAUUCAAAUACUUGCUUGAUCUGUAUUUCAUUCGUUAUUCUCGGGAUGGAUAACUUGUUUUUGAAUAAUCACGGCAAGCAAUAGUUUUUUUGUCCCAAACAACGAUAUUGUUUAGCUUCAUUCGAUUAUCAAGUCAAACACAGUGUAGUAUGGAGAGGAAUAAAUAAUCACUAUUAUCAUUGUUGAUAUGCUCACUAACCUAACAUUUUCUACGUCUUGUUCCUAUUGCUGGCACUGGCGCGGUAUUUGCCAUUAGAGCACCUGGUCCAUACACAAAUAUGUCUUUCUGUGGUUGUAUUUAUAUUGAAACUACAAUUCGAACAUCCUUGAAAACCUAACCUGCUGUUAAUGCAGGUAGAAUAUUCUUACCACAUGGAUUAUUUGUCAAUAUUUGUUGCAUUGCAUACAUAUGGCACGGCAUUGGUGGUUACUUCACAUGUUUAUUUGAGUUAAUUGUUUCGGUUGCAGAAAAAAUAGCAUGUUUCAUUCGGAUCAAAAGUGACUUUGUUCGACUCGCAAAUUUUGCUUUCGCUCGGCUUCGCUAUAAACGCUCCGCCUCGCAAAUGCAAAAUUCGCUUGUCAAAUAAAAUGUCACUUUUGAUCCUAAUAAAACAAUCUACUAUUUUUUCUCCAUCACAAAGAGAUUUUCCACACAAAAAAUGCUGAAAUUUGUUUUCAAUGAAUCUUCCUGAAACACCCUUAUGUAAUAUUUUGGCAUGUGUUUAUGUGCCAUUUGAAUCGACAUUUUACUAGCUCUCUUUAUUCUGCCAGUUCUAGAAGUGUACUUAUAAUUAUGUACUAAAAUUACCCAUCGUCAUAUACGACGUUCAGUAUAUGGAAGUUACCAAAUACAUUAACUAUUCGAUUUUUGUACAUAGACAUUGAAGGAGCUGACUAGGAACUAGUCCAGUUAACUUUGAUAUUUCGACAGUACUUUGAUGAAAGAAAAAUCCCCAACUUCAAAUUUUUUUAUACAAAAAUAACUAUUAUUCUAGCAUUCUGCAGAAUGAAAAUAAAUGCUUCUAAAAAAGGAAUCAACCCUAAUAGCACACAACGUCCUAGGGACGUCCCUAUUUGGUACAAUUCACGUCCGAAUGUCCCGAACCAAAAAUUAGUGUCCUUGGGACGUCCCAUCCCGUACAUCUCAUGCAAUGUCCGAGCAAGGACGUCCACGGAAUGUCCCAGCUGAUACAUCAUUUCAAAUGUCCUAGAAAUAGCAUCCCUCAGACGUCCCACGUGGUACAUAUUGUAGAAUGUCCAUGCAAGGACGUCCUUGGCAUGUCCCUGAUGGGAUAUAAUUUCAAACGUUCUUUUAGGGACAUCCAUCGGAUGUCCCGAGUAGUACAUAUUCUGGCAUGGCUUCAGAUCUUAUAUAAUGUCCCUUCUAGACAACCAUGAAAUGUCCCUGAUGGUACAUUCCUUCAAAUAUCUCUGCACAGACGCCCUCUUUCCAGGAUCGUAUAACAAUCAAAAUGUCCCUUAGGGAUAUCCGUCGGAUGUCCCAAUUGGUACAUGAACUGUACUCUUCCAAUGUCCUAAAAAUAACGUCCUAUGGACGUCCCAGUCGGUACUUUCGAUAUGUUGUCCCUGCGAGGACGUUAACUUACACCUCGCCGACGAAUGAUUGCUCGUAGGCUAUAAGUACUCCUCGUCAAUGUCCUUCACGUAAGUCCAUUGGAUAUCCAUGGGAAACUUUUUGGGGACCUUCUACGGACCAUCAACUCAACUAGAUGUCCUAAUCAGUUAUGCAAGAUCUGGUCCUAGAGGGACCCAGAAAAAUUCGAAAGAAUAAUUCGUACGUACCUGGGACAUCCUAUGGACAUUCAAUUGAUAUCCCUCAGCGUUGCUGAUAUGUUGUCCUAUGGAUGUCCUUAGGAUGUCCUCUGUAGUGCUUGAUGAGGAAUACUGUAGGAUUUAGGUAUUCGAUAGUUGUCCCAGGAACAUUCCUCAAGGACGACCCUAGUUAUUGGUCCUUAAGUGGGACAUUUGUGCGUCCCACAGACGUCCAGUGGACGUCCACGGUACCAAAUUCGAACGUCCUAUGGACGUCCUGAAUGUCCCGACAGGACGUCCUAAGGAUAUCCAUGGGACAUUAGUGUGUUAUUAGGGAACAAUUCUGUAAUGGUGAUAAACAUUUUUAAAAUGAGAAUAUACAGUGUGUCUCGCUUUUUAUGAAUACACCCUGAUAUCUCAGUUAUU